AACAUUGUUGAUUGUAUGUUAUGCAGUAAACCAGCGGACCCAACUUCGGAGACAUCACAAACAUUUUUUUCCCUAAAUCUGGAUUCGUGAUCAAGCACGUCAUGUGUGAAACACAGCUCUUUCGAACUUUAGCAAAUGAACAGACAGAAACGUUAACUCAGAAGUGCCAAGAAUGGGGUAAUUUGCAGGAUAGUCGGAAUAUCAGUGAGGAUAUCGUUGGCCAAAUACGAUCUGUUAUUGGUUCAACCCGAUUACUUAUCAAUGACAAGAUACAAUUUUUCCACAAAUUAUUGGACAUGGCUGACAACACAGAUAGCGAAAGAAGAAUUACGCCCGAAGAUCUGCAGGCGUACUGGGAUUUAAUCGUAAUUGAGAUAAAUGAUGUUAAUUCUAAAUUCAAGGACCUGCAAGAAUUAUUCCAGAACAACUGGACUGGUACCAAGACAAAUUUCAGUUGCAAACAGAAGAAGGAAGGACUGGCAGCAGAGAGAGGAAGCUCCAGCCAGUGCUGUGAGAACCACAGGGACUGGUGCAGUGUAAAGGGGGCAAGUAAAGCAAUGCAGUGUAAAGGUAUGAAAAAUACUUUAAGACCGACAAGUGGAAGCUUUGAACAAUUGAACAAGACAUCAUCUAGAAGAAUAUGUUCAACUUCUGUAAAGAAAAGCCUUGUUGAAGAAAAGGAGCUCAUUAAAAAGGUUAAAUCAGAUGUAAGAAAUGGAAAAAUCUCACAUGCAUAAUGCUAUAGCUUUUGUCCAUGGUAUAUUUUAUAACAAAAUUUUUAAUUACUUUUUUGUACAAUCUUAUCAAACAGUACAGCACUUGAUUAAAUAAAACAUAAAAUGCACAA